GCUGCUGGGAAAAUGACCUCCCUCCCCUCCGGUGCUGUCAGACCAGUUCUGUGAAGUGAAGCCGCACUGUUUUGGUUUUAUUUCCUUUCAACACUAACGGGUAAGUUCUCCUUCUUUGUUUAAUAGAAGUUUUAUGAACCCUAUAACAUUUAAACUAAUCAUUUGUGUUUGUUUCGGCAGUUGUGCUCAAAGUAAGAUUCAGUUAAGAAACCCAGAGCUUUUAAAGCAGCUGUACCUCUUCCUGUUGACUGUUUCGAUCCUAACAAAGCGUACGUACUUCUUUUUUUCGCUGAUCCUUUUUCAUACCUAUCUCCCUUGUUUAUUAAAAAACAUUUCUUCUGUGAAACCUUCUUAGAGGAAGCGCAAACAAAAGCUAUUUCUGGAUUGUGUGCUGGAAAGUGCAAUGUCAAGUUCAAACGGACAUUUCCCAGUUUUUCAGGUUUCCUCCUGUAGUUUACAAAGAGGGGUCAGUGGUGGACCUCGUGACCUGAAAUUUAAGCUGACUUCAAGAUAGGUGAGCUUUGUGACAAUUACGUUCACGGCACAAAAAAAGAGAAAAAAAAGCAAAAAAAACAGACAAGAUGUUUGCAGCAUUUGUUUAAACUUACAGUUACAUCCAAAAUGAGGUUCAAACUUCUCGCGUAGCUUCUAGGAGGCCGACCUGAUUUUGUAAUUUUCCCUCUUCGUCUGCAGGAACAGGCAGGAUGUCAGUGACCAUGACUAAAACUGAAGGGGUCACUGUGCUGACCUUGACCUCUGACCCCGAAAGUGCUUUACCUCCACUUUGCCAAAUCCUCAAAGGUCUUUGCUACAGCCCCGUGUGCUGCUCCGUGUCUCAGCACCUGAAGAAAGUCCAGGGAUCUUCUCAGUCUGUGCUGGGGGUGAGUUACAGCCCUCAUGUCGUCCAUCUAUACUGAAGCUUUCCCACUGCACUGCUGCUUCUCUGCACCUGAAUUUAAUGAUGGUCUGCAAACACACAGAGGAGAUUUGAUAACUGUAUCGUUUCAUUCUGUGCUUCCUCCUGGACAGACUGUACAAAUCAUGGUUGGUCUGCUCACUGUGGGCUUUGGAGCGGUCCUCUACAGCACUUACAGCUCUCCUUGGUGGUAUCUUGACUCGACCAUGUAUCACUUCUGGUUAGGUGGAUUGGUAAGCAAGCUUAUUUAUGCUCUUUGUCCUUGCCUGAUUUAUGUCUGAAUGCAUAGAAACUCUGAUCUCCACAGAUUUGUGACAAGCCUGUUAGCAAGUCCAAGUCAAGUCUCAAGUCCUUGACUCUAGUAUCAGUGAGCUAAAAGGGGGGAUAUUAUGCUUUUCCACAUUUACAACAAAAACAUUACAAAGUUUGGUGUCUAUACUACAUGUAUGCAAAGUUUCAAAUCACGAGGUAAACCUAUUUUGUCAUAAUCUGAGACAGUAGAUGUAAAUUGCUCAAAUCUCGGACGAACAAUCAUAGUUUAAGUAUAUUAUAUAUACUUGAUUUUGACAUGAGUCUCACCUCUGACAAAGCAACUGGCCUAUCAGAGUUUAAGUUUUGGGGUGGUACCUGAGGGAGGGGCCCGUGCCACCCUUUGCCCCCUUGCUGUACAUGUCCCUGUAGUCUUCUAAAAGAGUGUGAGUUUAAUGAAUUUGCUUUUUCUCUCCUCUUUAGUACAUGUUUUUUGGUACCAUGUGCAUCUUGUCCGAGAAGUGCCCCUCUCCAUGUCUGGUGAGUGAUUCGGUUCUACAACAUUGUCCUGUUAUCAUCUUUCACUUUAUUGCACUCUUCUUCUAGAGAUGUUGAUGUUGAUUUUUGGAUUGGUCUGAAUCACCUGAUGUGUCCUAUCUUUUCAGGUGAUCCUCAACGUGAUUCUGAAUCUAGCAGGGACUGUUUUUGCCGUCACAGGCAUCGUACUCUACUUUUUGAACAUUUUCCUCCUCAGGACCCCGAGUUGUGAUUAUGAUUAUUAUUAUCACCCAGUCAGUCCUCCAAGGCAGGAUUCAGUGACACAGGAAUGCUUGGAGGGCCAAAAACUGAGUCUGGUAAUUAUUUUAUGCCUUUUGGUUAAAAAAAAAAAAACAUUAGACAUCCAGAUUAAUUACAUCAUCUCUCGUUCUUUCUCUCUCUCUCUCUCUCUUUGCACGCCUGUCUGAGUUAAAACAUCUACAAUUUGUUAAAAGAAAUUGAUUAAUUGAUCUAUAACAUACCUAAAUGAUGCUUAGAAGUCAUGCCCUCGUACUCAACGCUGUACUGCAAAGUUAAAUCACACACAGGGACACCAGUAUUCCUGAGUUGCAGAUGACUGUUUGCAGGUGUAAUAGCUUCAUGUCUCUUUUCCUGCAGAUGCUUUUGCGAAGCAUCAACUCUCUGCUGAUCAUCCUGUCAGCCCUGGAGCUCUGUGUCACCAUCAGCUCUGCUGUCUUGGGAGUUAAGGCUCUGAAAAACAAAAAGACGAGGGGGGACAAGGUGAGGGGACAAUAAUUUAUUACUGUUUAAUAAAAGGUUGUGAUAAAUACCUGAUUGUGAUUGGUCGGUCCUGCUUCUUGACUGGGCGUUUUUGCUGUCAGACUCUAGUUAACUCACUGUACCCUUAUCAAAACUCUUAAAGAAGUCCUGUUAACCUGAUGUCAGUUUGUUUAUAGUGAGAGGAAAGGAAAGAGACAAAACCUGUUGAAAAAGGAACAAAAAUGACAUAACACUGCUUUGAAAAAUGUGAACAUCUGAAAUGAUCUUUCAAACACUGUGCUGCGUAGUUGUGUCUUAUUUUAUCCUCUCAUUAUUUAUGAAUUAGUUAUGUAAGUCCACAGAGAAAAGUGUUAUUAGAUUGAAACUGAUCUCGAUGUAUUCUUUAUGAGCUUCGCUGAUAUGAUUUCUCUCUUUCAGACCCCUGAUGACCGAGAAGGCUACAAACCACUGCUGGAGGAAGUCACCAAUAACCCAACAGUUUAAUAAAAGUCUCUGCUCCGUGCUGUGACUCUGUGCACUUACAGUAUAUGAAUGAAUGUUGUGAUGUUUUACUGAAAUACAGCUGAAAACCUCUGGGUCUUUUCUUACGAGGGCUGCAUAGAGUGUCUUUUGUGUCAAGUCUUCUUUCACAGCUGGAGAAGACUCUCAUCCCGACCUCUACGGUAGUUAUUCUUCUCGUGCAACUACAACUUUUUGUGUAUGAUAGUCCUUAGCUGACUAUCUCUCCGAACAAGCAUUUUAUUCAUACACUAGGAUCCUUUUUGUCCUCUCAGUCUUUCACUUCGAGCACUUUUUACUUCCUUCUUUUAUGGGCUGGGUGUUAUUUGGAAGAGAAAGGGAGUUUCCACAAGGAUUGCACAUUCCCCUCAGGCCUGUCUGAGCUUGUUUAUCAUCUUGUAAACAUUUUUCCGUGAGACUUGUGUUUACAUUUCUCCAUUUUGGAUUGAUCCUUUUCCACAUUCUUGUUAUUUUGAAAUGUGUGUGUUAUUCAUGAUUAAAUUUAUAAUGGAGAGUUUUUCGCCGGAUAUCAAACAAACUGCAGUCAGAACUGAUGUCUCUUCCUGAUCUACCAACAAACAUUGAAAGAGAGUCUUAGAAUAUGAGAAAAAAAGAACAAUGUUAAAUAAAGACAAACCAGAAAUCAUGUUGUUUCAACUCUAAUUUCUAUAAAGCUUCUGUGAGGAGUUUUUCCACUUCUCAUUAAACAGGCUUUAAUAAACAGCAGUGUGAAAUACAA